AUGGACGGCCCCGACAAUCCGGCCCACCCACCAGAGCACAGUUCUGGUCGGAGUACCAAUAACAACCGCCGUAACAGGCAGCGUCCUCGCGACGCCAACAACAACGCUGGCCCAGGCUCACAGCGACCCCGUGACCAGCAGCCACGGACUCCACAAGAUGGGAUGGGACAGAGAAGUCGCGGAGGUGGUAGACGCCCUCCUCGAUCUGAUGGGCAGUCGAUGAAGAAUGAUCAGCCACAACCCUCAACGGAGAACCCUCGUCGACGCGGAGCCAAGUUCAAUACUGGAUUGACUCCAGCUGACUCCAUUGGGCCGACCCAUAGUCGCAAUGAUUUCCGUGCCAGACAUGAGCCUGUUGCGGACGACCUUACAUCCCGUCUGACUGCCGCUCUUGCGACUUAUCCUUACCCUGACUGUCCUAUCUGUUUCAAUGCCGUUCAUCCAGCUCAGCCAAGCUGGUCAUGUUCCCCUUCCAUUGGCGUUCUCGACGCUCCCCAAUAUUGCUGGACGACAUUCCAUCUGAAAUGCAUGCUUGGGCAGCUCGUGGGGAGAGCGGAAGAGAUGGUGAAUGGCGUUGUCCCGGAUGUCAAGCUCGUCGAACAACCGUGCCGGGUGGUUAUCGUUGUUUCUGUGACGCUCAGGCUUCACCCGCGCCAGCCAGAAUCUCGACUCCUCAUUCGUGUGCUUCCCCUUGUUCUCGGAAGCGCACAAAUUGCGACCACCCUUGCCCACUUCUUUGCCAUCCUGGUCCUUGUCCACCUUGCCGUGUUACGACCGAGCUCCAAUGUGGCUGUCCGCGUGGCCAAGUUCUCGCCCUUCGUUGUGGCCAAACUGAUAUUUCCUGUGGCUCUGUUUGCGGUCGAACUCUCAAUUGCGGCAUUCACAAGUGUGCACGUGACUGCCAUGCCGACCCUUGCGCUCCUUGUCCCGAACGUGCCACCGCACGCUGCUAUUGCGGCAAAGAAGAUAAGGAAGACAUUUGUGGAGCUGGAAAGCCUUUCAAUUGCUCGCUCUCUGGGAGUGAUCCUUGGACAGGUACUUUCGCUUGCCCAUCCACUUGCAAUCGUCCGUUUGCGUGUGGAGUCCAUCAUUGCGAUAAGCUUUGUCAUCCUGAAGACGGCCCUCCCUCGCCUUGUCCUCGUGAUCCAAUAUCAGUCACAACCUGUCCGUGUGGUCGCGUUCCCAUCGGCGGAGCCAAGGACUCUGCUUUCCCUGCCCGACGCAGCUGCGCCGACCCGAUCCCAACCUGUACUUCGACCUGCCACAAGAUUCUUCCUUGCGGCCACGCGUGUGCUUCCCGCUGUCACGAAGGCGAUUGUCCUCCAUGCACCGAAAAGAUUGUCCAUCCCUGUCGCUGUGGUGCUUCUUCCAAGACGCUUUUAUGUUCGACAGUUAAUGCGUCAUCACUGGCCCAAACAGAGAUCCUCUGUGACAAACCCUGUGCAGCCCUUCGUGCCUGCGGUCGUCAUCGUUGCCUUCAAAGCCAAGGGCAAGAAACGCGCCACUGCUCACGAGACAGAAUCCCCUGUUGGUGAAGAACCGGGAGGUUUACACGAAUGUGAUCUUGUCUGCGGGAAAAUGCUUGGAUGUGGUCUCCAUCUUUCGAAGAGCUCGUCUGUUCAUGCGGUCUCACUGUGCUUGAACCACCCAUUCCCUGUGGGACGGUUAUCCAAUGCUCUCAUCCAUGUUCUCGACCUCCCCCUGCAUGUGGUCAUCCAAGAACGCCUCACAGCUGUCAUCCUGACUCUGCUGCUUGUCCUCCUUGCCCGUUCCUCACAACCAAAAGCUUUGGCUGUGGUGCUGUUUGUGGAAAGAUGCUCGCCUGUGGUGCUCAUACCUGUGACAAAGUUUGUCAUGCACCAGAGGGAGAAGGAGAAGGUUGCGGACCAUGUUCAGCACCAUGUGGGAAACCUAGGCGGUUGUGUCAUCCAGCCCAACAUCCUUGCACCGCUCCUUGCCAUGCUCCCUCUGCUUGCGACGAAACUGUCGCAUGCACUGCUGUCAUCACCGUCACGUGCUCAUGCCUGCGACGGCGGGAGCAGCAAAUCAAGUAUCACUGCCGAGAGUCGGGAGAAACUUGGCGAGGUUGUAUGGAAUGACGAGACCCGAGCAUUCGGACGGGCCAACCAGAGGUUUGUGGGUCUUAUGGAGAAAGCAUUUGCGGAUUUUGUCGCAAGUGAGAAAAAGACCCAAGUACUCCCUCACAUGCCUCCCGAGAGACGCAAAUUCGUGCACGAUGUCGCGUCUGUUUAUCGAAUGGACACGCAAAUGGUUGAUCAAGAACCACAUCGAAGUGUCCAGCUCAUCAGGCGCUACGAUACCAAGCUGCCCACGCCGUUAUUGUCGUCGAUCGUUGGUACCGCGACUGCUGCCCACGCUGGAGCUGGUGGGUUGGGAAAACUGGCGGAUUUGAGAGGGGCUGGCGGGUCCUGGCGAACGCCACCAGCAGCUAUUCCCAAACCUGAAAUUAAACCGGCAACUACGACCCAACGAGGAUGGGGGGUCCCUGUGACUCCAACCACUCCAACACCAGUACCGCCUAUAGCUCCGUCCAGUCGGCCCCCAGGAAUUUCGGUCCAGGCUCAUGUUGUUGCUCCCCCACCCCAAACCCCGACCGCUGUCCCAGAAGAUUGGGAGGAUGAAGAUUAA